AUGAAUUUGCAAGAUCAAAUUGAUCAAUUUCAAAAAUUGAUUUUUGUACAAUUUCGUCCAUCAUCUAACAAUGAAUGUAGAAUAGCUGCUCUUGUUCCAUUAGUGGAAGAAAGCUAUGGUAUUUAUAAAUUUUUAACCAGCAUGCUUAAAGCUAUGCAUCAGCAUACAGACGCUGUUGACGCCUUAACGCCCCUUCGUACCAGAUAUAAUGCACAACAUUAUGCUUUAUUAAAAUUUUAUUAUGAAUGUUCAAACUUAAAAUAUUUAACCAGUUUAAUUAGUGUGCCAAAAUUACAACAGGAUCCUCCAAGUUUAAUUGAUGGCGGUGCUCCAUCAUCAUUGCCAAAACGUGUACAGUCAAAAUCACCAGCUCCAUCAACAACUUCAGAGCCAGAAACAGUGGCAGAAAUAUUGAAAGAAAAUGAAAGACAGCAGCAUGAAUUGGAAAGACAACGACAUUUGGUUGAAGAAAAACAAAGAGAACUCCAACAACAACAUGAACGUGAACUCGAACAAAAACGUUUGACGGAUCUUCAAAGACAAAGAGAAAUGGAAGAGCAAUAUAGAUUAAAUCAAGAACGUGAAAGAUUAGCUAGAGAACAAUUAUUAAGGGAACAAAUGCAAAGACAAGCAGAAGGGAGAGUUGCUGAAUUGGAAAGAGAAUUAUUGAACCUGAGACAACAUAUUGAUCGUGAUAAAAUGAUAAUGGAUCAAUAUGAUAGGAAAGUUAAAGCUUUUGAAAAUGACAUGAAUCAACUUACUUUGAAUGCUCAACAACAAAUUGCUUCCAAGGAUGAUGUAAUAAAAAAUUUACAAGAUCAAAUUAUAAUGUGGAGGAAUAAAUAUGAAUCUUUGGCUAAAUUGUAUUCACAACUUCGACAAGAGCAUCUUGACUUGAUCAAUAAGUUUAAGGUAGCACAACUGAAAGCAAACUCUGCGCAAGAAUCUAUUGACAAGUUGGAGAGAAUGGAAAAAGAUAUGCGUUCAAAGAAUUUAGAAUUGGCAGAUAUGAUCAGAGAAAGAGAUAGAGCAAGACAUGAAUUAGAUAAAUUAAAAAUCAGCGUGUAG